AUCGCUGUACUGAGCGGCUAUUGGGCGGUAUACACACCCUGUACUCUGCGGCCACGCCUACCAGAAACUGCCCCGUCACAUCCAGGAAGGUUCCUGUGCGAGGAGGAGUCACGGCUGGAGGACCCAGCUUCAAGCUCUCAGCCCCGCAGUCAUGGCCGGUUAUGACACCAACCCCUUCGCGGACCCGGUGGAAGUGAACCCUUUCCAGGAUCCCUCAGUGACUCAGAUAACUACCGGUGGUCAUGGGAACAUUGAAGAGUUUAACCCUUUCUCAGAGAAUUCACACUUGACACCAAGCAAUCAAAAAACAGUCCCAGUGCAGCCUGUGAUGCCUUCCCAGCCAGCUGUUCUCCAGCCAUCCAUUGAACCAUCACCACAGGCAGUAGCAAUGGCCGCACAAGCUGGCCUCCUGCAGCAACAGGAAGAGCUAGACAGGAAAGCAGCUGAAAUAGAGAGGAAAGAGAAGGAAAUGAGGAAUGUAAAUAUCAACUUACGACAGAAUAACUGGCCCCCACUUCCUCCCAAGUGUCCUAUCAAACCCUGCUUCUACCAGGACUUCUCUGCAGACAUCCCAGCUGAUUUCCAGCGCACGUGUAAAAUGCUCUACUACCUCUGGAUGUUACACUCAUUCACUCUGCUACUUAAUCUUCUGGCCUGCUUGGCGUAUUUCACCCAAACCUCUGAUGGUGGUGUGGAUUUUGGCCUAUCCAUCUUGUGGUUUAUUAUGUUCACACCCUGUGCCUUCAUGUGCUGGUACCGGCCGAUCUACAAGGCUUUCAGGACGGACAGUUCCUUUAACUUCUUUGUGUUCUUCAUAAUCUUCUUCUGCCAGAUCGUCAUUUACAUCAUACAAGCAGUGGGCAUCCCUCAUUGGGGCGACAGUGGCUGGAUAAUAGCAUUAACCAUGCCCAAAACCAAUAUUGCUGUUGCUGUAAUCAUGAUGGUCGUAGCUUCAUUCUUCACAGUCUUAUCCGUGUUCUCACUUUUCCUGCUGAAGCGGGUUCACUCGAUGUACCGCAGAACGGGUGCAAGCUUCCAGAGGGCACAGGAGGAGUUCUCGCAGGGCAUCAUUGCCAACCGCGGCGUCCAGAAUGCUGCAGCUGGAGCUGCCAGUGCGGCUGCUAGGGGGGCAUUCCAGGACAACUGAAGCUCUUUAUUCCAUUUCUUCUCCCUUUUCACCCACCUGACGCCUACUCUUCCUCCUUCUCAUGUUUCUCCAGAGAGGAAAUUCAUUGCAUCUCAAAAGCAAUUGCCUCUGGUGGCAGAUUCCAGCACUCCACAUUUUACCCUUUCCACCAAGAGACUAUAUAUAUAUCGAUGAAGCACCUAGUAUAUAUAUAUAUAUAUAUAGAACAGACAGUAGAGGCACUCUCCAGAAUUCAUAAAGAUGCAAAAAGGUGAAUUUAUUUAUACGUUACACAAUACACUCGAAUGGUAUUCCUUGAUAUGUCCUCAAGCGCUUUCGGCCCACAGAGGGCCUUCCUCAGGAGGCAGUAUGUAAUAAUUCCAUCAGAACAUAAGACCAAACACAGGGUCUACCCGGAUAUCCAGCAGUAAGCUGGGUUAUGCCUGACAGGCUCUAUAUACACCAGUGAUCAAUUAGAAUUUGGCGCUAAACACGCCCCUAAUAUGACCUCAUAUCAAAUGCGACAUAAUUAUACAAACUAACAUCUAAAGCAAUCAGUACAAAAUAAAUACCAAAAUUUCCCAACCAAGAAGGGGUAAUGCAGGACACACUUAUACUUAGCGGCCAGGCUCCAUGUGACACAAGUGGGCAAAGCCCGUCCGUUGUAAACACUAAUAGCGGACAUUCCCCGUCCACAGCUGCUGAGUACAGACGGACCGCAGUGACGUGCGUAACUAGGCAACAAGCCGCACUUCCUGUCUGUGAAACGCACGUGUCACAAAGACGGAAGUAAAGCUGGAACGCAUAUCGGAACUCUCUUAGACAGAAUAAAGACAUCCAGUCUGUCAAAUCCAAGUAAAUUCUGAAUUAAUUCACUCCAAUACGGAAUCUAUAUUAAAUAACAUGGGACCUAGCCAGUUUAGUGUGUACCUCAUUCCCCGGUGUAAAGAGCCAAUCAGCUGCAGUUAAAAACCCCAAAGUUAAAGAUAAUAAACACACAAUAUACAAACCAUAAGGGAAUAUACAAAAAAUACACAAAAGAAUUUAGUAUUGAUCAGACCAUACAAUGGGUACCCACUAUUGCUGUAUUAUCUCUAUGCAAAACUUGAUAUAUAAAUAAAUAAAUAGGAUACCUCUUCAUACAAAGAUGAAGAAAAUCUUAUGAUCCAAUUAGUGGGUAACCCCAGUCGACCAAUAUUAAAUCAAAAAAAACAAAAGAAACAGCCUUAGCUAUAAAAUAUCAUAAUCACCACAUAUCCAGACAAUAAAAAUUCCUACAUAUGUAUAUACAUAUACCUAUAGGUGUCGGUCAGAGCAUAUCACUACCCCUAAUCAAAGAUAUUUUUUUAAAACAAACAUCUAUACGGGAAGAUAUGUAUCAAAAGUGCUAUUGCACAAUCUAUAUCCACCAUAGUCAACGUAGAAAAAAAUUUGGAUAUAUAUAUAUAUAUAUAUAUAUAUAUAUAUAUAUAUAUAUAUAUAUAUAUAUAUAUAUAUAUAUAUAUAUAUAUAUAUAAUAAAUACAUAUAAAUAUGCAGACAUGAUGAGCUACAUUACUCGUUGCUUUUCAUGAUCUUUUCGAUGGGUUGAAAUUAUUAUUUUUUUUCUGGUUCUUACUUUUUAUUUAGUGGGAUAGGUUAUUGAAAAAGUGGUAAAUGACUUAUCUUUUUCAGAUUUCUGUGUAAAAUCUCACUGACAUGCAGCUUGUGAAUAAUCCAAUAAUGAACUGCUUUUUCUGUCAUUUGCUGUACAGUAUAUUGACUCAAUCCUGAGAUGUAAAAUAUGUAGAUUCCUAUUUUCUCCUCUUGUACAUUUUCCCUGAUAUUGUAUUUCUUUGUAUUUGCUGGAAUGCUGCAGCAGCCAUUUUAAGUACCAGUGUUACUUUUGCAGUGGAAACUACAAGAUGGUGGAUAUACAAUUUCAGAUGUGUUCUAACAGCUCAAUUUGGCAUUCCAAAAAGUAAUACUACUUGUGCAUUUAAAGACGCAAUCCAAUUUCAAAUACAGCAGCAAAAGCUACCUAUUACUACCCCAGUUAAAACUCUGCUGGCGCAAUAGUCGUGAAUUUAUCUGACCUUCUUCAUGGUGCAAGCAAAAUAAUGGUGACAAUAUCCAGGUCGGGGUAGUGGCCUGUUUUUUUUUUUUGUUUUUUUUAAGUUUCAUUUUUUAUUUUUUUUUAUGCAGAAACUAAAAACCAGUGAACUAAAUGUCUGUUCUGUGAUAUACAGACUGACUGCACCAGCUUUGUAUAAUGUUAGAUGUCAUUGCCUCACAGAGCUUUAUAAGUGAAGUCUAAAUAAACCUCUUUUCUACAA